AUGUCGCCCUCCAUGGUAAACGCCGUCUACUACCCUUCGUGGGGAGUCUACGGAGGGAAGCCGCCGUCGUGUUUGGACGCCGCGGCCAUCACCCAUGUCUUCUACGCCUUUGUACGGGUCAAUGAGAAUGGGACGUUGCGUCUUCUUGACGAGUUUGGCGACCUGGUCAAGGAUGUCGACGGCGAGAAGGGAUGUCUUGCUGCCCUCGGAAAGUUCAAGCGUCAGCACCCUCAUAUCAAAACCCUCGUCUCGCUGGGGGGCGGAUCCGGUAGCGCCGAGUUCCCCAAGCUCGCCGCCAGUGAGACCGCCAGAGAGACGUUUGCGACGGAAGCGCGCAGCUUUUGCGACCGCUAUGGGUUUGAUGGCAUCGAUAUUGACUGGGAGCAUCCCCAAACCCCAACCCAAGGCCUCGACUACGUCAGGCUGCUCGAGUCCGCCCGCAGCACCCUGCCCCCGUCCAAGUAUCUUCUAAGCACAGCGUUGCCGGUGGGAGAGUAUUCUCUGGGGCAGAUCGAUCUGGAAUCCGCAGCCAGACUUCUCGAUUUCCUUAACUUGAUGUGCUACGACUUUGUGGGCGGCUGGACAAACUCCUGCUCGGGGGGAGUAGAGUACCUCUUAUCCCGCAAUGUCCCCAGCCACAAGAUUCUGCUCGGCAUUCCGACAUACGCGAGAUAUUUUCCCCACGCACAGGGACCAGGCCAGUCCAGCCUGGAUGCCGGGGAGAUGGAUAUCCGUGCUCUUCCUGAUGCAUGGUUCAAAGGCGCCUCGGCCAGCUUGCCCUCGGCCAGCUCUCUCACCGAGAGGGUUUCGUUCUCCGACUUUAUCACAAGCGUGACCCUCGACCGCACGCAAACACGGCCCAACCUGACUCGGCUACCCAAAAGACGGUGCUGCUUCAAGCUGAGCAAGUACAGCCAGGGCUAUUCCGGGAAUUAG